GGGGAGGGGCCCGCGGUGUCGCUGGAGUUCUGAGCGGCCUUUUAAAACGUGUUCAUCUGGCGAAGUUGUAUUUAUGAUUGUGUUGAUCCGGUGGUUUUGCGGGAGCGGGGCGGCUGCUGGAGGAGGGAAAGACUAUUUGCUGCCUCUUACUGUUACUGGAAUAGAAGCUGAGAAACAGAAAACAUGUUGGAAACAAUUGAUACACAUCGCGCCCUCCAGGCCAUGGAGCGCUUACAGGCAAAACUUCGGGAUCGAGGUGACAUUGCAAAUGAGGAGAAACUGAGCUUAUUAAAGUCAGUGCUACAGAGUCCUCUCUUUAACCAAAUUCUCAACCUUCAGACCUCUGUUCAACAACUAAGAGAUCAGGUAAAUAUUACACCUUCCAUACAUUCCACUGGUGAAUUCCCCCAGCUUCUCCAUCAUAGUAUGAACAUGGGAUCCUUGCCCCAUAAUGAGUCAUACUUGUUGGCUCAGCAGAAUGGCAGCCCAGCUAAUGUGCUGGAAGCAUCGGUGAGAUGCAUUACUCCUCAAAUUAAUGGGAAGUCCCCUAGUGAUGACUUUGAGCAGCUGAUCAGAAAUAUGUCCCAGGGUCGUCUUGUUGAGACCAUUGAACUUAUUAAACCCUUAAGUGGUGGUCUGGGCUUCAGCGUUGUGGGACUCAAGAGUGAAAACAGAGGAGAACUAGGAAUAUUUGUGCAAGAAAUCCAGGAAGGAAGUGUGGCACAUAGAGAUGGAAAGCUGAAGGAAGCAGAUCAAAUACUUGCUAUUAAUGGACAAGCCCUUGAUCAGACAAUUACACAUCAACAGGCUAUCAGCAUCCUGCAGAAAGCGAAAGAUAAUGUCCAGCUAGUUGUGGCCAGGGGCACUUUCCCUCAGCUCAUCAGUCCUGUAGUUUCCCGGUCUCCAUCUGCUGCUAGCACAGUUUCAGCCCAUUCCAACCCGGUUCACUGGCAACAUGUAGAGACCAUUGAGUUGGUAAACGAUGGCUCAGGUUUGGGAUUUGGUAUAGUCGGAGGAAAGUCAACUGGAGUGAUUGUUAAAACUAUUCUCCCAGGAGGAGUGGCUGAUCAGCAUGGGAGAUUGUGUAGUGGAGACCACAUCUUGAAAAUUGGUGAUACAGACCUGGCUGGAAUGAGCAGUGAGCAGGUAGCACAAGUUCUGAGGCAGUGUGGAAAUCGAGUGAAACUGGUAAUUGCAAGAGGUCCUAUUGAUGAGCCACCUCCACCAGCAGUCCCUCCAGGUACACCAGUGCCCAUCUCCACACCAGAGAAACAGGCAGAUGCUUCUGUUGAAGAUGGGGAGAAAUUUAAUGUUGAACUCACAAAAAACACGCAGGGAUUAGGAAUAACUAUUGCUGGUUACAUUGGAGACAAAACAUCAGAACCUUCUGGUAUCUUUGUGAAAAGCAUUACAAAAGGCAGUGCUGUUGAGCAGGAUGGCAGAAUUCGGGUGGGAGAUCAAAUUAUAGUUGUGGAUGGAACAAAUCUUCAGGGUUUUACUAACCAGCAAGCAGUUGACGUGUUACGGCACACAGGACAAACAGUUCGUCUCACUUUGAUCAGAAGAGGGCUUAGGCAGGAAAAUCAUAUUGAGCCCCAGGAGGACUUCAGUGCUGCUGUUGAAAAGGACUUACUGUUCCAAACAAUGGACAGUAGCACAGCCAAAGAGAAUAGUGAAACAGAACAGCAAUCCUCAUCACUGCCAUGCGUUGCCAGUGUGGUAAAUAUUGGAGAGGACAUGACAAAACAGGAAGCAGAUUUCCAGCUAACUACUACAGAAGAAGCAGCUACGAAGGCAAAAUGGCAGAGGAUUAUGGGUUCAAAUUAUGAAAUAGUGGUGGCUAUAGUUAACAAAUUUAGUGAAAGCAGUGGGUUAGGGAUAAGCCUUGAAGCUACAGUGGGACAUCAUUUCAUUAGAUCUGUCUUACCGGAGGGGCCAGUUGGACGAAGUGGCAAGCUUUUCAGUGGAGAUGAGCUGCUUGAAGUGAAUGACAUCUCUUUACUUGGAGAAAACCACAAGGAUGUGGUCAAUAUCUUGAAAGAACUGCCUAUUAAGGUGACAAUGGUGUGCUGUCGUCCGAUAGCUCCCCCCAUCACUCGUCCAGAAAUACUGGAGAGCCUAAGUUUAUCUGAGGUUCAGCUCACAGAAAAGGCUCACAUAGAACUUGGAUUCAUUGGCUCCUCGGACACAGAGGGAGCAGCUUUGGAAAUAGUUGACGAGGGUCAGAGUGUGGAAGAGGUGCAAAGCUCUUCUUUGGCAAUGUGGGAAACAGAAGUACAGCACAUUGAGCUGGAAAAAGGGAGUAUGGGACUUGGAUUUAGCAUAUUGGACUACCAGGACCCUGUUGAUCCAGCAAACACUGUAAUUGUGAUUCGUUCAUUAGUUCCUGGGGGUGUGGCUGAGCAAGAUGGCAGACUUCUUCCUGGGGAUCGGCUUAUGUUUGUCAACGAUAUCAACUUGGAAAAUGGCAGCCUGGAGGAGGCAGUACAAGCACUGAAAGGAGCCCCAGCAGGAACAGUUAAAAUAGGAGUUGCCAAACCACUGCCUCUUUCUCCAGAGGAGGGCUAUGUCUCUGCUAAGGAAGAUUGCUUUUCCUACACUGCCCAGUCACUUGAGGAUGAGGGGCCAGCUGAUGCAGCCCUCUUCCGUGCUGAGCUGGCUCUGGUGGACUCCGGUGAGGCAGAUCUAGUGGAUGAGUCCACAUUUGAAUCGCAGUAUUCUCUAGAGAGUGACGUCUUCCAGGCUUCAAUGAUAGGUCUGCAUGGCAGUGCCUGUAGCGGUGAGCAGAGCUACAGCUUCUCUCUUCCACUGUCAACUCCCAAGUCUGUUGGAGACGAAUGUUCAAAUGCUGCAUCCGAUUUUCUGGUAUCUGACAAGAAUUUGUACAACAUGGAUCUGAGUCAGAGAGUGAGAGAGCAAAAGUCCGUAGUAGGCAAUAGCCUAGAAACUGCGUCUGGUUUUACUGAGAAGGAUCUUCUGCCUCUGGAUGUGUCAGACAUCAACCAAAAUGAAAGUGAAAACACAGCAUCAUGGACUAGAUCUGAGACAACAGCAGAAAUGGCACUAAAUACAACUACUGUGCAGCUUGAUGCUACUGGAAAAGAUCAAGUGCUUUUAACGGAAAAGAGAUGCCCAGUGUCUUUGGAGGGAAGUUCCACAAGUCCAAAUUCAGUCAGAAGCAUCUAUGAGAAGACCAUAACUAUUGCAAAAGGCAAUUCAAGUCUAGGGAUGACAGUAAGUUCCAAUAAAGAUGGCUCAGGAAUGAUUGUCCGCAGCGUCAUCCAUGGAGGUUCAAUAAGUCGCGAUGGACGGAUUGGUGUAGGUGACUGCAUCCUGUCCAUUAAUGAAGAGUCAACCACUAAUUUAACCAAUGCACAAGCCCGGGCUAUGCUAAGGAGGCAUUCACUCAUUGGACCAGAUAUAAAAUCUUCUCCAGCACCUGCUGAUGAUCAGGCCCUCUGUUAUGUUAUUACAUAUGUGCCAGCAGAAAAUUUAGACGAGUACAGGGCCAGUUUGGGACAACAAACAGAGGGAGCUGUGCCACUUGAACUUUUUCCUUCACAUGCUGUCAGGGAACUCCCCGAGCUUCCAGAACGUGAAGAGGGAGAGGGAGAAGAAAGUGAACUUCAAAACGCAGCUUUCAGUAACUGGAACCAGCCCAGAAAGGUUGAACUCUGGAGAGAGCCUAGCAAGUCACUGGGGAUCAGCAUUGUUGGAGGACGAGGGAUGGGGAGCCGCCUGAGUAAUGGAGAAGUGAUGAGAGGGAUCUUUAUCAAGCACAUCCUGGAAGACAGCCCAGCUGGCAAAAAUGGAACACUGAAAACCGGAGAUCGGAUUGUGGAGGUGGAUGGAAUUGACCUCAGAGAUGCCAGCCACGAACAAGCUGUGGAAGCCAUACGGAAGGCAGGCAAUCCUGUAGUCUUUAUGGUACAGAGCAUUAUAAACAGACCAAGGCCAGAGUCUCUUUAUAGCCCUUCUUCAGCUUCUGCUCCCUGUGGGCAGAAAACUACUAACCCAUUUUAUCAUCAGUCAUCUAAGGAGGUAUUGAGUCCAAUUAGGGCUACCUUCCGUUGUUCCCCAACUAACCCCUUUGCUCCCACACCAUUCAAGGCAUUUGGACAGCCCGAUUUAGAGACAGAAAAGUCUUCACUUUGUAGCUUGCCUCUGCCCCCUCCUUCAGCGUUUUCAGGAAUGAGCCGUGACAUUGCACAGUCAUCUCCUAGGAGAGUCCCAGAGGAUUUGGAGAAGGAGGAUGAGUUUGGUUACAGCUGGAAAAAGAUCAUGCAGCGCUAUGGAAAUCUACCGGGGGAGCUCCACAUGAUUGAGCUGGAAAAAGGAAGGACAGGUCUGGGACUUAGUCUUGCUGGUAACAGAGACCGUUCCAGGAUGAGUGUCUUUAUAGUGGGAAUUGAUCCAAAUGGAGCAGCUGGCAAAGAUGGCAGGUUACAGAUUGCAGAUGAGUUACUAGAGAUAAAUGGGCAAAUACUUUAUGAAAGGACUCAUCAGAAUGCUUCCUCGAUAAUCAAAUGUGCACCAUCUAAAGUAAAAAUAAUUUUUAUCAGAAAUAAAGAUGCAGUAAAUCAGAUGGCUGUUUGCCCUGCAAAGUCAGUAGAGACUUCACAGUGUACUUCAGGGACACUUCAGCAUCAAGAGAUUGAAACUAGUGCUGCAAACUCCAGUGCUUCUUCUGACUUCAGCUCAUGUAAAAACAUUCAGUAUGUGGAACUCCCUAAGGAUCAAGGAGGCUUUGGAAUUGCCAUUAGUGAAGAAGAUACAAUUAAUGGAGUAGUUAUUAAGAGCUUAACAGAUCAUGGUGCAGCUGCAAAGGAUGGACGACUCAAAGUUGGAGAUCAGAUCCUGGCAGUGGAUGAUGAAAUUGUUGUGGGAUAUCCAGUAGAAAAGUUUAUUAGUCUCCUGAAAACAUCCAAAACCACGGUGAGGCUUACAGUGAACUCAGCAGGGAUGGAUAGCUUGCCUGCAGCACCAGGCCCUUCCAGCACUGCCACAGCAGAGAGGAGGAAUAUACAGCUACCAGCAACUGUCCCCUCUUCCAGCUCACCAGAACCAGAAGCAGUUAAAAAUACAAGCCGAUCAUCAACUCCAGCCACAUUAGCCUCUGACCCAGCUACUUGUCCCAUCAUUCCUGGAUGUGAAACAACCAUUGAUAUCUCCAAAGGACGGACUGGUCUUGGCCUGAGCAUUGUUGGAGGAGCAGACACUUUGCUGGGAGCAAUAAUUAUCCAUGAAGUAUACGAAGAAGGCGCAGCAUCUAAAGAUGGGAGACUCUGGGCUGGGGACCAGAUAUUAGAGGUGAAUGGGAUUGACCUCAGGAAUGCCACACACGAUGAAGCAAUCCAUGUCCUCCGACAGACUCCCCAAAAAGUUCGUCUGACUGUGUACAGAGAUGAAGCCCAGUACAAGGAGGAAGAUAUGUAUGAUGUACUCAAUAUAGAGCUCCAAAAGAAGCCUGGCAAAGGCCUUGGACUGAGUAUUGUUGGAAAAAGAAAUGAUACGGGGGUGUUUGUAUCAGACAUCGUCAAAGGAGGCAUAGCAGAUACAGAUGGCAGAUUGAUGCAAGGAGAUCAGAUAUUGACAGUGAAUGGAGAAGAUGUUCGAAAUGCUAACCAGGAGGCUGUUGCAGCUUUGCUAAAGUGUUCUUUAGGUACAGUACGACUAGAAGUUGGAAGAAUAAAAGCUGGUCCGUUCCACUCUGAGAGGAGAACAUCCCAGAGCAGCCAGGUCAGUGAAGGAAGUGGCAGUCUCUCAUCAUUCGGUUUCCCUGUUUCUGGGUCCGGUGCACCAGAGGUCUUUGAAAGUGGUCUAAAGAAGAAUGCCACAGCUUCUGAAAUACAGGGGCUAAGAACAGUUGAAAUAAAAAAGGGUCCUGCAGAUUCACUUGGAGUGAGCAUUGCUGGAGGUGUAGGAAGUCCUCUUGGAGAUGUUCCUAUAUUUAUUGCCAUGAUGCAUCCGAAUGGAGUUGCAGCUCAGACUCAGAAACUCAGAGUCGGGGACAGAAUUGUUAGCAUCUGUGGAACAUCUACUGAAGGCAUGACUCACUCCCAAGCUGUUAGUCUCUUAAAAAAUGCUUCAGGCACUAUUGAGUUGCAGGUUGUAGCUGGAGGAGAAGUGAGUGUCGUAACUGGUCACCAGCAGGAUCCACCUACAUCCAGUCUUUCAUUUGCGGGACUAACUUCAACAAGCAUUUUUCAGGAUGACUUAGGACCUCCUCAAUACAAGACCAUUAUGCUGGAUAGAGGACCAGACGGCCUAGGCUUUAGUAUUGUGGGCGGUUAUGGCAGUCCUCAUGGAGACUUGCCCAUCUAUGUGAAGACAGUGUUUGCAAAGGGUGCAGCAGCAGAAGAUGGACGCCUGAAGAGAGGGGAUCAAAUUAUUGCUGUGAAUGGGCAGAGUUUAGAAGGGGUGACCCAUGAGGAAGCAGUUGCUAUUCUGAAAAGGACAAAAGGAACAGUCACUUUGACUGUUUUGUCAUGAGUUGGUUGCCCAAAUGAGUAGGGUUCAGUAAGACUCUAUUAUUUACAUUCCGCAUAGCAAAGAGAGUGGAAAAGUUUAUAUAGCCUUCUUGCUCUUACAGCUUCACAGACUGUGUUACAACACUGAAGAAAAGCAACACUUAACCAUUUUUUUGUAUACAAUAGGAGUAUCAUAGAGUCAUUAGGGCUGGUAAAGACCUGUAAGACCAUCCUGUCCAACCUUCAACCCAACACCACCAUGCCCACUAAAUCAUGUCCCAAAGUUUUUAUCUCACUUUCAAAUCACUGGGGUGGAGUUGUGUCAACUAUGGGAAGACAUGGAUAUUUUUCCUAUUAGUAUUAUAAUGCAUGCUUGAAAGCCACAAAAAAAACCCAACCACAACUUAUUAUUAGUAGUAUUAUUAAUUUAAUUUUUAGCAGCCACACAACAGAACUGGGAUAUUUUGCUAAGAAGCUUUGGAUAUAUGAAAUAAGUUGGAAAAAUUAUAAAGCCACCAAGUCAAGAAGGGGAUGAUAUGGGCAGCAGUAGUCAGAAAUAAGGUUCUUGAAGAAAGAAAGUAUUAGCCAUAUAUGGAAUUUUGGGAAAAGAAGGAAAAGUAUGUAAUCUGAAGGCAGAUGAAGAAUGAACUUGGAUGGUUAUUUGUAUUGUUUCAUAAAGCCUUAGUAGAAGGAGCUGGGUGGGUGACUUGGUGGAUUUUUUACUUUUCUGCUUGUGGAUUUAAAUUUCCUAAGUCAUAGUGUAUCCAAAAAAAUCCAAACGAACCAAAACAGUUUUAGUUUGGCUUAGGUUUGAGGGUUUUAUUUGUUUUUUUUUUUCUUGGGGCAGGGGUGUAUGUGUGUUUGUUCAGCAGCACCUUUGUGUUAAUUAUCAAAAAAAAAAUUGUAGUAAGAAUGCCACCAUGUCAUUUGUCACUUAAGAGAAAUAUGAAUUGAAAAUGUAAGCAAUGGUCAGGACAUUCUUAGGGGAAGACACAAACGACUAGCAUUUGUUUUAGGGGGACACAAAAACAGUAUUAGAAAUUUCUGUGAAAUAGUAUUAACAAAUUGAUAGGCUAUGUCUAAGUGAAUUAACUAAAAAAAAAAAAAGGCUAUGUUUAUCUCUUUAACUAUGCUAGAAGUUACACUAUGGUGGGCUAAUAUGAAAGAAAACAGAUGUUACUGGAUGCUGUUGUUAUUGAAUUACUCUUCUACAAUUGCUCCUUGCUUAGAGUUUGAAAUGCCUAUAUUAGAAUAUGUAAAGUCACUUUAAAUAGUAUCUAUAUUUGUAACAGAAGUAAUGUACAGAUAUUUUGUUACUCUUGUGUCUAAAUGGGGAUCUGAGUAAAUAAAUUGGAAACUGUCAUGAUGAAUAAAGUUGCA